CCACUCGACCGUUCUCUUCUAAACAGUUUGCAAUUCAUUCUUUCAUUUCUUAAUCUCAAGAUUUGAAAUUUAUGUCUGAAAAACCAAAUUAGAAAUAGAAAGUGAUCCCAGAGAAGAGAAAAGCUCAAAGCUUUUACUUACGAGUUACAAUGAUCUAUUCACAGAGCUUGUUAGCAAGAAGAGGGCCUUUGAGCUCCAUAUGGGUUGCUGCUUAUUGUUUUAAGAAGCUGAAGAAGACCCAGAUCACAGAGACUGACAUUUUAGCCUCUAUUGAGAAAAUUUUACACGAUGAGUUGGAUGGUAUCACAUAUAGAGUACUAGCCUACUUACUUCUUGGUGUUGUACGGAUAUACUCGAGAAAAGUUGAAUAUCUUUCUGAUGAUUGCAAUAAAAUGCUAAUAGAGAUCAAAAAAUUUGUUGUGAACACAAAUGAAAAUGCACCAACAGAAUUGCUCUGUGGGUCUUAUCAUUCUGUUACUAUACCGGAUAGGUUUGAACUCGAUGCUUUUGAUAUGGGGAGCCUUGAAGAUGUCACUAGUGGACAUUUGGCAUCUCAGAGAGAAAUCACGCUUAUAGACUGGGAUGGAAUAGGACGACUUUCAUCAGAAAAGUCUGAUCAUGUGGAGUUUGGUGCCUGCCACAGUAUUUUCUCUACUUAUUACUCCUCAGUCGGAAGUGUACUUUCAUCUCACCUGAUGGACUUUUCUAUGGAAUUACGAACAUCAAGUAAUGGAGCUGAAUCAGAAAAAAUCAUAAAACGGGUCCAGUGGCAUAGGUUCUCUCAAGAAGAAUGUGCCGAGAGUAACACACUUAUGACCAUUGAGAGAGAACCUCAAAAUCAAGUUAAGCAAUAUGGUGAAGAUAAUGAAACCAAUGGAGAAAUCUUAGAGGUUCCACAUAUAGAAGUGCCUGAAGUUGACACUCAGGAAGAAGUUCAGAAUGAUGAGAUUCUUUGUGGGAAUGAUAGAGAACCCUCCUGCCAUGUGAUAACUGGUGUGGAUCAUCAAAGUGAUAGAGAAGAGAUGAUGGAACUAGAAUUGGUGCAACAAGAAAAUCAGAGUUCUCAGAAAACAAGAGAAGAGCAUAGUCUAAGAAACUUAAAAGCUGAUAUGGAGAAUAUGAAAAUUGCGACCUUCUCACAAGAACCUCUGGACCUUGAUGUGCUCUGUGUGGCCAAGAAAAUUCAAGAACUUGUUUGUUCAUAUGGAGAAUAUAAUCAUAAUGAAGAGCCAACUAAGUUAGAGGACAUGAAGGCACCAAAUACCUUGAAAAAUAUUCCGGAAGAAGUUCCUGAUCUCCUCUCAGUUGCAUAUGAUGGCAGUCCCAACACCAAGCAGCCAGAUUUUCUAGGAGUUACUACACCGAAGUUGGUGGCUGUUCCCAGACGAGUGUCUAAGCAGUUGGCUAGGAUUCGUAGGAAAAGAAAAUGCGUAUUUGAUGAUAUAGUGGUGCUGCCUAAUGAGGUAAUAAGGCAAAGCAUACAUGAUGCUAAAGACUUGGUUGCUAAAAGAAGAAAAGUUCCCAAAAAUGCUCAUGCUGUUUGGCAAACUCAACAAAUUGGAAAUCUUGCCCAAAAUUUCUUGGAGCCAUUGAUAUCUAACGUUUCACAAGAGCUUAGGUCCCUGUUAUGCAAAAGGAAAGUCAGGAAAUUAAAUAUUAUUCCAGAGAAGUUAAAUCUGUUGGAUUGUCAAAGGACUGGUACAUCAGAGAAAAUAGGUGUUGUAGAAACUGGAACUGUUGAACCUCCAGAAGACUCCAAUGUGUUGGAAUAUCCAUGUACUGUUAGAUCAGAACAAGCAGAUAUUGCACCAGACACACCUAUCCUUUGCUCAAAAUCUAUCAAAUCAUUUCAUAGCCCAAAGAGUCCCGAAGUUCCUGACAUGGAUCUAGUAAGACCCGAGACAUCUGGAAGGAUGCAAAAAGAGCCAUCUAUAAGUGCAGAGCAAGCUUUUCCUACUGGAAAAGUAGAAGAUGUACAAUCUCUGGAUACGGAUCAAGAGCAUGAUUUCAGUUUGUUGACCGAGGAGUCUGAGUUUUGCGAAGGAGUUACUCCGGAAGCUGACGGAUGUUCAUUGAGAACCAGAAAGGUGGUGCGGUACUUGCACAGGCAUUUUACAAUUUGCAAAAGUCGUGGAGAGGAAGAAGUGAACUUGUUGGAGGUUGCAGAACGAAGAACCAAGAAAGAAUGCGCGAGGCUAUUUUAUGAGACCCUGGUAUUGAAAACUAGAGGGUUUGUAGAUGUGAAGCAAGCUGAUCCCUACGGCGACAUUCUGAUAAGGAAACUUCCAAAAUGGGAGCAAAUGUGGAAGCAAUAUAGUCGAUAGAGCCAGUACUUCGGAAACCAUGUUUAUGAGUCCAUAGCUAGAAUUAGGAAAUAGCGGGACUGAUAUGUCUCAUUGCCUGUAUACUAGAUUAGAUCUCAGUAGAGGAGUGUGAAGAGAGCUACAUGCCCAGCUUCAACUUAACCAGCAUUAGCCAUGCAGUCAUGUUAUGGGUAGAGAUAGAAUGGAAAUGUAUGAUAGGACAGGUUAGAAAUGGUGUUAUCAUGUGAAUGAAGAUAACAACAUAAGGGCAUUUUGCUAUUUUCAAAUUAGGGAUUACUGCUUUACUGAGAUGCAUGAGAUGAUAAGAAUCAAAUUGGGCUGUGGGUAUUCUGGACAAUUUAUCUGCAUGAACAACAAAAUGGCAUGGGACACGCUGUCAGUUCGUUCUCUUUACAAGUGUCCAUGAGGAUAAACAUGCAGCGCAUCAACAAUUUUGAGCUGGCAAUUGUUACAUGCGGAUUUCUCAAUAAAA